AAUUUUUUUUUUCUUUUCUCUCACCGCAACAAUGUCCGAGGAACGAUCUGAAAGAUCUGAUGGCAGAAUUGUUAAAAUGGAGAUGGACUACAGCUCGACUGUGGACCAGCGUCUCCCGGAAUGUGAAAAACUGGCUAAAGAAGGGAAACUACAGGAGGCCGUCGAAAGCUUGUUGUCACUGGAGAAGCAAACAAGAACAGCAUCAGAUAUGGUGUCCACCUCCAGAAUCCUUGUAGCUGUGGUCCAAAUGUGUUAUGAAGCCAAGGACUGGGAUGCUCUGAAUGAAAACAUCAUGUUACUCUCGAAAAGGAGAAGUCAGCUCAAACAGGCUGUUGCCAAAAUGGUGCAAGAAUGUUACAAAUAUGUCGACGCUGUUACUGAUCUGAAGAUCAAGCUGAGACUUAUCGACACACUUCGCACUGUGACUGCUGGCAAGAUCUAUGUGGAGAUUGAGCGUGCCAGGCUAACGAAGACACUGGCAAAUAUCAAAGAGCAGAAUGGAGAGGUCAAAGAGGCUGCUGCCAUUCUGCAGGAGCUACAGGUGGAGACAUACGGCUCCAUGGAGAAAAAGGAGAAGGUGGAGUUUAUCUUGGAACAGAUGAGGCUUUGCAUCGCUGUCAAGGAUUACAUUCGCACUCAGAUCAUCAGCAAGAAGAUAAACACCAAAUUCUUCCAAGAAGAGGGCACUGAGGAGUUGAAGUUGAAGUAUUACAACCUCAUGAUUCAGGUGGACCAACAUGAGGGCUCCUACCUGUCCAUAUGCAAGCACUACAGGGCGAUCUAUGACACCCCCUGCAUCUUGGAGGACAGCAGCAAGUGGCAGCAGGCCCUGAAGAGUGUGGUGCUGUAUGUGAUUUUGUCUCCUUACGACAACGAGCAGUCAGACCUCGUGCACAGAAUCAGUGAUGACAAGAAACUGGAAGAAAUCCCUAAAUACAAGGACCUUCUAAAGCAGUUCACUACUAUGGAGUUGAUGCGUUGGGCCUCCUUAGUGGAGGAUUAUGGGAAGGAGCUGAGAGAGGGCUCACCUGACAGCCCAACGACAGAUGUCUUCUCUUAUUCAGAGGAGGGAGAGAAAAGAUGGAAAGACCUCAAAAACAGAGUGGUGGAGCAUAACAUCCGAAUAAUGGCCAAGUACUAUACCAGAAUCACAGUGAAAAGGAUGGCUCAACUUCUUGACCUCUCUGUUGACGAAUCUGAAGAGUUUCUUUCCAGCCUGGUUGUGAACAAAACCAUUUAUGCGAAGGUUGACCGACUCGCCGGCAUCAUCAACUUUCAGCGGCCCAAAGACCCCAACGACCUGCUCAACGACUGGUCGCACAAACUCAACUCUCUCAUGUCUCUGGUGAACAAGACCACACACCUUAUUGCCAAGGAGGAGAUGAUCCACAACCUGCAGUGACAUAAGAACAGUGUAUUAUUUUAUAUUUUGUUUCAUACUUUUGUUUUUGUGAAUGGGAGUGUAGGUGACUGUUUUUGAAUAUAUGGUUUGUUAGCAAAAUAUUGCUGUGGCUCAGUUGCAAUGUCAUAUAAGGAGAAAUCAAAUGUUCAAAAUAUUCAUGCCCCUACUAGAUUGUUCCUUUUUUAUUGUUCAGUAAAACAUUGACAAUAAACAUAUGAGGACUUCCUCCGUUUGUA